GGUCAUCACUAACGUUGGCGUGGGGUUGUCUGACUCCCCAGGAUUUGAACCUCUGCUUUAGUCUAUCCUCUAUGAUGCAAAUGGUUGUAACGCGUCACAACCUCGAAAACAUUUACAAAGGCCUAUCGCCUAUUACUUCAGGACACGACUCCACAUAUAUCAGUGUCUAACAGGUUAAAAACUAAUAUUACGUUGUUGUAAUUGCCAUAAUCUCUCGAUAAACAUGACACCACUUGGAGUUACAGCUCAGAUUGCCAAACAAAAUCAUGUGAAUGUUAAAAUUCCUCUUGUCAAGCACAAUGGCAUCGCCAGUGAGUACUCAAAGCAAUUCGAGUUGAAAGGAAAGGUUUACAAGCUCAUGAUACAAAUCGAUAAAAUUAGAGCCAAACCAGGACCCAAAUGCAAGAAACCGGCCCUUUUGGCAUCGAGCAGACGUGAAAAAAUGGAAAAACUCAGGGAAAUACUUGAUGAACGGUCUGGAAAUCGUCCCCAGGAAGAUGUGAAGCUGAUAAAUAAUUCACAUCGUGGGGAGAUUCGACCUCAGUGCAGCGAAAAGAAAUCAAACAAUAGGAAUAAGUGCCCAGUGUGUCAGGAGCAUUUGGACUCGCUCUUAGCACUUUUUACUCAUCAUCAGUUGAAGCAUUUUGUUUGUCAAUUGUGUGACGCACCUUUUGUGUCUCAAGUAGCCUGUGAUAAACAUGAAGUUCUUCAUCAAGGAGAUGAUGCACUGCUCAUCUACAAAUGCCAUUUGUGUGAGGAGAGCUAUGACUGUUCGAAGAAUUUGAAGAUUCACGUCAAGGGGAGCCAUUGGGAGACUGUGGAUGUCGGGUGGAAUGCUGACUCUGAUGAGGUGAAGGAAGUCAUCGAUAGGCUAGUUUAUGAGUGCGGAAUCUGUAGUAUUAACGUGAAGGGCGAUGAGAAUUACAGAAAUCACAUGGUACUCCAUCAAAUGAAUGUCGCUAAUUCACUUCUUCAGCCUCCCGAGAAAAUCUCAGAUAUGCACUUGAGUGACCAACGAAAUUUCAAAUUGACAUGUACCAUUUGCACUCAGACAUUCAAUACAGCAGAUGCAGCAGAGACUCACAUUUGUUCAUCUUCGACGCCCGAGGAAUUAUCUAAGAUAUGCUCCAUCUGCAAGAAACAAUUCGAUAAUACUCAGGUCUUAAAUCAACAUCUUGCCAGUCAUUUUUCAGGUACUCAUAAUUGUACGGUGUGCAAAAAAAUAUUUGCCAACCAUUCCAGCUUGCUGAGUCACGUGAAGACUCAUACGAAUCAUAAUUCGUCAGUGGUUACAGUAAUCGUUUAGGGUGGGAAAAUGAAAUAUAACGAGGGUCAAUCUCAUUCUGUUAUUCUGUAAAGUACCGCGAAUAAACAGUUCUCAAAAAAUCUCAUAAGUGGGAACCUUUUCCUGGAGAGUUCUCGCAAUCAUAAGAGUCUCUUAACAUUUCUUUCAAAAUAGGAUUAUUUCGAAUGAAUAAACGCCAGAUUACAUUUGUCAUGUUUUAUUGAACUUGUGAUAGGAGUCUUUAGUUAUGAACUUGUAAAUGCCCAUGUCAUAUUUUUUAAAGGUAGGAUUGAAGAUGAAACAUGUAUGAAGAAUUUUUUGAAAAUAGUCUGAGGCAUUAGUUGUAGUAUUCUAAUGACUAUUCUACUGGAGUUCAAACAAUCAAAAAUCGCAGACUGUUUAUGAAUUUAUCGUGAGAUUCCGAAUUUUUAUUGUCGGACUAUUUUAUUGAAUUCCGAUGGAAUUUAUCAAAUUCAUUUCCAAUUUCAAUUUACAAUGGGAAACAUAAUUAUUUUACCAAAUAAGUAUUGAGUUGCUUCGCCUCUCAGGUCGUACAAUCAUCCUCUGGAAUAACGUGAUUGCCCUUAUUGAAAUCUAACCACGAGUUUUACAAAUUUGGGGGUUCGCAACAUUAUUCAUAAAAAAUCAUGAUUUUAGACAAUGAAAGUGUAUGAAUAUAGAUCUCUGAGGAAAUUGAUCAAUGUCAACUAUUUACUAGAACAAAAAUAUAUUCUACUGUUUUUUUUGGUUCCAACUCCCGAUGAAGGAAUUGAUUAUCUUAGUAUUUAGCAUUUGGCUAAAGAAGAGGGGGAAUGAGCCGAACCUUUCUGUCUUGAAAUUUCGAUAUCGAUGGAGAAGACUCGAUACUGUAGUCGAAAGGGGGCUAACUUAAUAUCUUUCAUAAGAAAUCAUUAUUCCGUAUUUUAUGCGAAAAGAGUCAAUGAUGAAAUCGAUCUGCAAUUACUGUAGGAUUUUUUCUGAUGGCAACGGGAUGAUAUAUCAAUUUUAAAUCUUCAGCAACAAUCGCUUUUUAUCGGUCGAGUAUAAAGAUCGCUUCUUAUCGAUCGAGUAUAAAGAUGAGUCUGACUGUUAAUAACUUGCCAAUAAAAUUUCGCUAAAUGAAUGAAAAGUGUAUGUACUAUAAUGAUCGUAAUGAUUAUUUUGUAGAAAUUUCAAAUUUCUAUCAUUAUUUAUGCAGCAAGAGGAAACAACCUGCGCAAGAUUUUUGGGGGAAAAAUCUUACGUAAAUGUAUAUUUCGAAAAUAAUUUCUUCAAUUUUUUUUUAUUUGCCCUUUACAUUUUGUUGUGUAAUGAGAAACAAAAAGAAUAACUCUGUAAGAACUGAAUUUGAAAUAAUGAGGAAUCGCCAGUGUAAAUAUAUACUAAACGGAUCGUGGAGGGACCAAUCUACAUUGAGAGAAAAAUUUAAUAAAAUGGAACGAUUUUACUUUGGACACAGUUGGAAACAGAAAAAUAUAAUGAACUAAUAAAAAUGUAAUUAGUGCAUUUGAGUUUACUUGAAACGAUUGAUUUGACGUGAUUUUAAAAAAUCCAAAAACAGAAAAAUUUAGUUAAACGGAACGAUUUUUUUUCACUCAACCACUCGGUCUUGUUCAAUGGUGCCAACGGAAUAAUUCAUUCAAUAUGAUUCAAUCGUUGAUUGCCCCAGUUUCUGAGAGGUCCUGACAUGAACCUCAUGCCUCCAUCAAAUAAGGGUUCGAAUCUAUCGUAGAUUGGUUUGUAUUCCCUGAAUAUUUUAUCGAAUUUUAAUAGUUAUUUGAAUGUAUCGCCUUACGUCGAUCUGAAAGCCUAUAGUAGGUGAUAUCAAUGGAAUUGCAUGCAAUAAGAUAUUUUUAAUGAAAUAAUGGCCCAUUUUCAACGGAGUAUGCCAUUAUCCAUGUUCUAUCGGGAAUCCACUGUGAAGAUAAAGAGUUAAAAUGUUGAAACACUAGAAUUCUCUUUUCAUACGAAAGAAUAUGGAUUCAACAAAAUAUACUUCAUAAAAUCUACCAUAUUUUUCUCUCACUGUAGGAUUGAAUGACAUUGUCGUUUGAUGUCAAUCAUAGCCUUUUCACUCCUAAAAUGGGAUCUUUGUGAUAUUACUGUCCCUUUUUCUUUUGAAUUGAAUCAAAAAAACCUAUCAGUUCUGUAAAUUUAGCCGCGAAAGGUCUACAUUAAAAAUACUUGACCUAGCAAAACGAAAUUCCACCUAAUUUUUAAAAUCCAACUAAAUUUUCUGAAAAAUUUGCUACCUUUAUCAAUAAAAUUUUGUUGUGCCUGUACGUCAGUGAAGAGCUAUUUAAAUCAAGAGUAAUAUAAUAUCAUAAAAAAUCUACUCAAUAGAUUCACAAUUUUCCCCUGGCAAUUUAUUUCUUACAACUCCAUUUUUAAUUCAAGUGUGUCGCAAGUUUGUAACUUUUUUAUUGUGUAUUUUACUUAAUAUUUCAUUGUAAUUCUCAUAAAUUGAAUUACACCACGUAAAAUUUCUACGAUCAUUCUACGACUGUAUUUAGCUACAAAUAAUAAUUUUCAUAUGAUUA